AUGGCAAUGAAGUCGCCACUAGAGCACACAAUGAAAGCGAUCAACGCACGUGAAGCAAAAAACCUCAGCAGUCGCAAUGCGGCCAACACAAGCUGCAGCACGCAGGGCACACGCGAUGUCUACUGCACGAUUGCGUUGGACCAGGAGGAGAUUUGCCGCACACCCACCAUUGAGCGCACACUGUCGCCUUUCUUUGGCGAGGAGUACAACUUUAAGAUACCGCGUCGCUUUCGCUACCUCUGCGUCUAUGUGUGGGACAAGGAUAUGAAGCAGGACAAGCCGAUUGGCAAGAUUGCGAUCAAGCGCGAGGAGCUGCACAAAUACAAUCACAAGGAUCAUUGGUUCUCGCUGCGGCCCGUCGACUCCGACUCCGAGGUGCAGGGCAUGGCGCACAUUGAGGUCGACUUUGAGAGCGCGCCGGCGAAUGCAACGCUCAACGAGAGCAUCGAGCUGGUGCAGCACACGCUGCCACAUCAUACGCAUCAUACGCGAGCGCAUCAGAAUGACUACAAGGAGAACAACGAACUGAGCAACAUACAACAACGAGCAGCGGCAGCGGCAGCAGCAGCUGCAGCCCACAACAGCGUUGGCAUGACGUUAAAAGCGCGCACCGCUGGAAUCUUUGGGCAUGUCCAGCAGCAGCAACAACAACAACAGCAGCAGCAGCAACACCAACAACAGCAGCAGCAACAGCCAACAGUCUGCAAUCAGCCGCAGCAGCGGCAUGUGCGCGUCGCCGUACGCGUCGCUGCCUGCACUGAUCUGGCUAAGAAACAAGGCACCUGCGAUCCAUUUGUGCUCUGCACAGCGCAUUACAGCAACAAGCAGACGAUAGCGAAGCGCACCAAGGAGCGCAAGAAGACCGUCGAUCCGGAGUUUGAUGAGGUCAUGUACUUUGAUCUCGCCAUCGAUGCGGAGGCUAACAGCUAUGCGAGCAGCAAAUCGCCCGCCUCGCUGGAAUCGUCGGCCAACAAGGCCUACUCCAUAUAUCCGCUGGGUGGCGCUGAUCUCUGCGAGAUUACGGUGUCGCUGUGGCACGAUGCGCAUAGUCCUGUCUUUCUGGGUGAAGUGCGGCUGCCCAUGCUGAACAAGCAGCAACAGCAGGCGGUGCAGCCAGCUGCCUGGUAUUAUCUCCAGCCACGCAGCAGCUCGUCCAGCUGUCGCUCCCUCACAGCCAGCACACGUUCCUGCGCCACGCCCCCAGGCACGCGACUUAGCGUCGACUCAACGAUUGGUUCGCUGCGUUUGAAUCUGAAUUAUACCGCCGAUCAUGUCUUCCCGCUGGCCACCUACGAUGAUCUGCUGAAUCUGCUGCUCGAGUCUGUGGAUCAGCGGCCCAUAACACUCUCAGCUGUCUAUAUUUUGGGAGAACUGGUGUCGGGCAAAACGGAGGUGGCGCAGCCGCUGGUGCGUCUCUUUACGCAUACGGAACGCAUUGCGCCCAUCAUCAAGGCGCUGGCAGAUCAUGAAAUAUCCAAUCUAACCGAUCCAACGACCAUCUUUCGCGGCAAUACACUUGUUUCCAAAAUGAUGGACGAGGCCAUGCGUCUGUCCGGCCUGCAUUAUCUGCAUCAGACGCUGCGUCCGGUGCUCUCGCAGAUUGUGGCGGAGAAGAAACCGUGCGAAAUAGACCCGAGCAAGGUGAAGGAUCGCUCGGCCGUCGAUACGAAUCUGCAUAAUCUGAAAGACUAUGUGGAGCGCGUGUUCGAGGCCAUCACCAAGAGCGCUGAGCGUUGUCCCAAGGUACUCUGUCAGAUCUUUCACGAUCUGCGCGAGUGUGCGGGCGAGCAUUUCCCACGGAAUCGCGAGGUGCGCUACUCCGUUGUCUCCGGCUUCAUAUUUCUGCGUUUCUUUGCGCCAGCCAUACUGGGUCCCAAGCUCUUUGAUCUAACCACAGAGCGUUUGGAUGCGCAAACGAAUCGUACGCUGACGUUGAUUUCCAAGACGAUACAAUCGCUGGGCAAUCUGGUCAGUUCGCGUUCAUCGCAGCAGCCCUGCAAGGAGGAAUACACCGGGGAGCUGUACAAGAAGUUCUGCACGGAGAAGCAUGUGGAGGCGGUGAAGCAUUUUCUGGAGGUCAUCUCCACGGCGAAUGGUUGUGAGGCGCCCAGCGGCAAUCAGCUGUUGGAGGCUCCACAGCUGCCACUAGAACCAGUAUUACUUAAAGAGGGCGAGGGCAUGAUGGUCAAAUAUCAAACAAGCCGCAAGCGCUUUGGACGCCAAUCUAAGCCCCGUUACUUUUGCCUGACAACGCAAUCGCUUAGCUAUGCCAAGUCGAAGGGCAAGCCACCCAAACCCAACUGUGAUAUACCGCUCGAGGAGAUCGGCAGCGUCGAGCAACUGAAAGACAAAAACUUCAAAAUGCAAAAUUGCUUCAAGAUUGUGCACAAAGAUCGCCCGAUAAUUGUACAAACGACCAACUGCGUGGAGGAGCGCGAGUGGUUCGACCUACUGCACAAGAUCUGCCUAAUGAAUUCCAUCCGCAUGCAAUACUUUCAUCCAUCGGCCUUUAUUAGCGGCUUUUAUAGCUGCUGCGGACGCUCCGACGAGAAUGCGCCCGGCUGCAAAAACGUGUCAGCCAAGGAAAUGGAUUACUUUCAAAUGGAUCUGGUGACGGCACUCGAUCCGGCGUUGGACCUACAGCGCAUACACACGCUCAUCAUGUCGCAUAUGAAUCUACUGGAAGCGCUGCUCGAUCCGUUGGCAUAUCAUCAACAUUUGCCGCUCUCACAGCAGCAGCAACAACAACAGCAGAAGCAACAGCCACACAAUCCGCUGGCGCCGCUGGCUAGCUCACUGCAGCAGCAGUCGCCGCAGGCAUUUGCCGAGUUCAAGAAGACCAUCGAGAAGCUGCGCGAGAAGGCCUACGCCAUCGACAGAGAUCAUCGCGACUAUAAGCAGGGCAUAACGCGUCAGCUCAAGUACGGCAGUCGGCAGGCACCGAUAGGCGAUGACAACUACUGGCACAUGAUGCGUGCCGCCGGCCAGCUCAACCUGCAACAUCAUCAUCAGCAGCAGCAGCAGCAACAGUUGCACACCCAGCAGCAGCAAUUGCUGCAGCCAGUGCUGCCGCAAAUGCAACAUGUACGCGCUUUGCCCGCCAAUGCCAACAGCUCCAGCAACGGCAACAUGAACGUAAAUGCCUACUACAUGCACAAUCUGCAGCCGCAGCAGCAGCGCCUGCAACUGCAACAACAACAGCAGCAGCAGCAGCAACAACUCUAUCAGCAGCAGCUGCGCAGCCAACAGCAGCGGCAUAACAACAACAACAAUAACAGCAUCAACUGCGGCAAUGUCUCAUCCUCCAGCCCCUCAUCGACAGCAUCGAGCGUAGUGGCAGUCACGCCCCCAGUGUUCUCGGUGUUUCGGUGCAGCAGCGGCUGCGGCAGCGCUGCCCAAGCCAGCGCCGCCAAUUUAUUAGCGGUCAAGACUAUGCGUAUUUGCCAUACCCAGAGCGAUCAUUUUGACGCGGUGAAUGCGCAUAGCGGUACACCUAACUACUGCCCCUCCCCGCACACACACACACACACACAUACAUUAAUUAAUACACACUCAUCCUCCCCACACAUAUACAUACAUGCAUACAAACAAACGUACUUCGAAACACUUCCAAGCAGCAACAAGAGAAGCAUUACGCGUGUACUAAUUUUAAACUACUUACAAUAUUACGAUUAUUUUUGUAUACAAGUUUAAAAUGCGUAGACCUAAGCAUUUUUUUAAAUUAACAAUUUUUAUAUACAUUUAUACGAUGUAAUGCGUAACAACAACAACAAACAAAUAUGCGAAAUCUAAAUACUUAAGCCUAUUUAUUAUUAUUAUUAUUUUUUUAUUGUAUUUAU